ACCAUGGAGAACUCCACGUGACAUCGUCCGCGAAAAAUAUUAGAAUGGCUGAGGCAAACGACAAUCCGAAGGGGUUGAGUGAAAUCACCCCUGAACGAAAGGCCACGCGCCAUAAAAACAACUUGUCAAAUUCCAAGUACAUUCUGCGAAAGAAUGAGGUCUUAAAAGUGCCAAAAAACGGCAGAGAUAUCUACGUAAACAAUAGAAUUCCCCUCAAGGGAUAUUUACGUAAGUGUGAAAAACUAUUCGAUAAAGGCGCAUCGGAGCUAAUCAUCCAUGGUCUUGGAGCUGUAGUGUUUAAAGCAGUCAACUUAGCCUUGCGAUUAAAGGAGAUUCAUCAUGGAACCUUAGAUCUUGAUAUAAAAACUUCUACUGUAACUCUAAAAGAUAAUUUAACGACAUUGGAUGGUGCAAACUGUGAGAUAAAUAGACAGAACUCUGGUAUACAUAUACGUGUUUUCAGAAGAGUGCCAUUUGCUGUAUUAAGAUCUAAAACAAACUGAUAUUAAUUCUGCAAAAAAAUGCAUUUGAGUAAUGAGACUACACAUUUGAGUAAUGAGACUACACAUACUAUUAUAUUCUAAUUCAUUAUAAUAUUGCAAUAUAGCUGAUACAAAGUUGUAUUAUUUUUACAAUGAUUUUUUCUUUAA